GACCCGGCGGGACAGACCGGUAAGGGCGGCGGGCACACCUGAGCGGGCACUGUGGGGAUGCUCCUCGCUCAGGGAACCAGCGGCACCUGACCAGCCGCCAGAAGCGAGCGCACGCUACCGCAGCCAAAAUACCGUUUCGGGAGAGUCUUUGAAUAAAAUAUUGAAUGUAAAUGUAAUGCAGUAGAUAGUCUCACAGCCGUGCUAGUGCGAGUUAACUACAGUAAGUACGGUAGGCAUAGAUGGCGCCGUACUCUGGUAAGUACGGUAGAGCCCCCGCCCCUCCGGCUCUCGGACUGCCGCGGGCGACAUCGCCCCCUGGCGGCGCUGCGCGUCGGUGUCCCGGAACAGGAGCUCGAUGGGGGCGCGGCGCCGUGCGCGAGACGUUCCGGGGCCGCUGGGACGCGUGGCGCGGAGCGGCGGGGAAGGCUGGGAGCGGCGGACCGGCGGUGCCAGGCAUGGAGUGGAACUUCCCUGGAGGUGUUGUGCUUGUUGAAGUGGAUAACCUAUGGUGGAUCAAGGUGCUGGUUCCCUGCAUGGUUCAUCACAUUGCUCGUGCUGGCAGUGGGAUCCCCAGGCAUCACCCAGCAGCUGAGACCUUCACCGUCCUCCCUCGGGAAAACCAAACCAAACCGGUGGGACCCAGAAGCCUUCUGAGCAAUUAGCACUGACUCAUCCCCACCCUGGGGAGGCUUGGCAGAAGCCAGGCCGUGUUUCCUUGGCUGGAGCCAUGCCUGCAGGGCACAAACCUCAGCCUUAAGAAGAAAGAACUUGGGUUGCAUCUCUGAGUUUAGACCUCCAACCUCAGCAUCCUGAUCUGGUUCCGCCUUUGGGAGGAUGAAUCAGGACAGUUACUCAAGUGAUCAGCCCACGGGCCAGGACCCACUCCUACUGCUGAAAACCCUUCAUCUUCUCUGGACAAAGCAUGAGCUGGGGAAGCUCAAGGAAGAAAUCAGGCGGGGCUUUGCCAGACUGGAGGACCCUUUGGCAGGACUCCUGGCCAUGCUGGAGAGCAGCAAUGAUUGGGAGAGGAAAGGGCAUUCCCUGGGGUAUUGCAUCAUCACGGAGCUGCAGCUUUGGAUAAAGGCACAUCCUGCUGUCCCACAGUCUGGCACCAAGCUGAAGAAGCUUCAGGCCCGUGUGCUUGGAAUGCUCUCCCAGUGCCCAGCUAAUCUACUUGACCCCCUGAUUAGCAUUUACCAGCUCCACACAGCAGACCGGAACUAUUUGCUUGAACAUGUCAGUCAUCUUUAUCUCCAGGGCCAUUACAAAGAGGCAGCCGUACUGAGUAUUAAGCUGAAGUUACAGCCAGAUCAAGAUGUAGAGAAGAUGUGUAUCCCACUCCUGCUCCAGGAUAAAGCUAACUUGGUGGAAGAUUAUGUGGCAGAACAUCCUGAGCUCCAGAGGAAGCUCUUGCAGACCCUGGACACGUGGUGUGAGCCUAGCUUCAAUAUCAGAGACAUCACAAGACCAUAUCAAGGCCUGUCCAGGUACAAACCCGAAAAAUUUAACCGCAGAGUGCUCAGCAAGCUGGUCUUCAGGCUUCUGGAGAGAUUCAGCGUUGACCCAGCUCUUUGCCCUAAUGUCAUAAAUCAGCGGCAUUUGAGAACCCUGAAUUAUCUCUUUUACAAGAGAUUUGUUGAGAAAACCAUGACUGAGGAGAAUUGGGGAGACCACAUUCAGAGCACAGUUGGGGAGAAUCGGUGGCUCCAAGAACACCUGGUGCAGUUGCUGCUCCGUCACUGCAACGUGCGCAGGGCGGCGCAGUGGGCACGGCACUGCCAUGUGCCCCCCGAGAUGCUGCCUCCGACUGUGGCUGAGGAGCUUCAGAAGCUGCACAUCCAGGACAGGGUAGAAGAGGUCACAAAAGCAAAAAAUUAUGAGUCCAGUAAGAAGAAGGACUAUUACCAGCUUCCUAUUCCACGGGAAAAUAUUCACUUUCUACAGACAUGGGAGGAGACACUGCAAUGCUGGGAGAAGGUGCUGCAGCCUGGGCAGGUCGUUGGUGUGGACAUGGAGUGGAAGCCUUCCUUUGGCAUGGUGGGGAAGCCCCGUGUCGCCCUCCUGCAAAUUGCACUGAAGGAUGAGGUGUUCCUGUUGGAUGUGCCACGGCUCCUCGAGCAAGCUGAGGCUGAGCGGGAGAAGGAGAAGCUUCCCCACUUCAUCCAGAUGCUCUAUUCAGAUGCAGCCAUCACUAAACUAGGUUAUGGGAUGUCUGGAGACCUCAGCAGCCUUGCAGCUACAUGUUCUGCUCUGAAAGAGAUGGAGAAGCAAAUGCAAGGUGUAGUGGAUCUUCUUGCAGUGGACAAACAACUGCAGUGGGGGAAGGACAGCCAGAAGGUCGAUGGACUGUCCCCGGAGCACAGCCACGAGAAGAAAGGGGUCAGGCAGCCGGAGAAGGGACUCAGCCUCCUGGUGCAGCAUGUGCUGGGGAAGCCUCUGGAUAAAAGAGAGCAGCUGUCAAACUGGGAGAAGCGGCCACUAAGAGAGGAGCAGAUCCUCUAUGCAGCUUCAGAUGCCUACUGCUUGCUGGAGAUCUACGAGAGGCUCUGCAAGGACCCCGAGAGCUUUGGUCUGGGUUCAGACCUGAAAGAAAGUCUGGUGGGAAAACAGAGCAAAAAACCCAGGGCAAAGAAGCAGCUGAAUAAACAAGAAGCACCAUCACCUUCUGGACAGGAAUGCCAAGGACCCAGAUCAGAGCCCUCCCAGCCCCCUGCCCCCAUCUCCCCCCAGGAGUUCAGUGUGGUCUGUGACAACAUGCUGCAGGGCCUGGGGCGCUACCUGCGCUGCCUGGGCGUGGAUGUCUGGCUGCUGGACAAUGAGGAUGACCAUAGGAAAGCUGCUGAGAUUGCCCGACAGGAAGGAAGAGUCAUUUUGACCUCUGGACUCCCAUAUCAGACUCUGCGCUCCCAGGUGGGAGAGGGAAGGUGUUUCUCUGUUAACUGCUCCAAGAAGGCGAAGGAACAGGCGCUGCAGGUGCUGAAGCACUUCAACGUGCAGGUGUCCCCCAGUGACAUCUUCAGCCGCUGCCAGGUGUGCAAUUGCAACAAGUACCUGAAGGUCUCACGUGAGAGGAUGAGGCAGCUGGUGGAGGGCAGCAGACAAACGUCAGGGGAGCACAGUGCAGGCUGCCCAGGGAGCCCGAGCUGCAAUGGCACAGCCAGAGCUGCUGUCUGUGACACGGCCCAGCCUGGCCAUGCCCCACAUGGCCGGCAGGCAGAGGGGGUAGAGCAGUGUGGGGCAGCCACGGUGUUAGCAGGGGACAUGGUCCUGCAGGUCGCUGCAAUUCCCCCCGGGGUGCUGGACAGAGCCAAGCUCACCGACUUCUACUGCUGCACCCGCUGUGGGAAAGUGUUUUGGGAAGGGUCCCAUUUUGGACGUGUUGUCUCCCAGUUUCAGGAUGUUCUUGUGGCCUCUGGGGACACACAGAGUGUCUAUGAGCUGAGCUGAGCUGGGCUGAGCUGAGCUGAGCUGUGCUGAGGGGAAGCACAGGGGCCCCACAGGGGAAUGGGAACUGCCUGGAGAACCUCAGCAAAUUUUGGGCUUUGAGUUUCCAGAGAGAGGCUGGAAGUGGGGAGGGAGGAGCUCUCAUUUUGGGAUCCACCAUGACGAGCACUGUCACAGAUGCACCAGUGGUUUACAACAGCCCAAAAAUAUGUGGCCUUCAUGAGAUCAUUAAAGGAGAGGUGGCUGAAGAAUGGACCCUUUGCUUUAUUUCUGCCCCCCUCCAAAAUACAGAUGUCAAAAUGGUGGCAGAGCUCUUCUGACCAAAAUCACCACCUCAGUAGUGCUGACCCCACCACACCCACACACCCCAGUGCCCCUCUGCCCACUAACUCAUGGGCGACAGGAGCUGCAUCCCCACCAGCAGCACAGGGCAGAGAGCAUCCUGAGCACUCCCAGCCUGUGGGACAUGUGCCAUGUCUCAACCUAUCCCCAGCAUCCUGCUUACCCUGAUCCUGCGCUCCUAGCGCUGCUUGGAGGCAGCUGGUGAGUGCAGGCAUGGAAGCCUGGGGAGGCUGAGCAUUGCUGGGCUCAGGGAAAUUUCUGGGUGUACCAUGAUGCCCAUUGGCAUCUGCACCCCUGUGCUGGGGCCUGGGAUGCCCCAGUAGGGCCAGGCUGGUCCUGGGUGUGCUCCCACUGGUGCCAAAGCUGCCAAAGCCUCCCCCUUCCCUGGGGAGAUGCCUCAGGACAGCCCUGUGCCCAGGCUCCAUGCAGGGUGCGUAGGAGAGGCAGUGAUGUGUGUGGGCCCACCAACACCCGGAGCUGGCAUCACUGGUGGAACUGGCCAGCAUCUAAAGGAGGCUGCAUGUGCCAUGGAGAUCCCAGGCCAGGUCCUGCAGCUCCAAGGGGCUGCUUUCCAGUGCUGUGCCUCCUGAUCCACGGCUAGGCUCACACCAUUCUAUCCUGAACAGAGGAGCCUCUGCAAAAUUCCUCUCAUAAUCUGGUUUAAAUGCCAGGCCAUGCUAUUAUUGUUGAGAGGGCCUGAGGACCUCUUGGCUGAGGUGUGACAUUUAUGGGUCAAUGAAGCACCUGCCCAGGCAGCUCAUGCUGCAGUUCAGGACUCAUUUUCCCUCUUCCAAAGCUUUUGGCCACACAGUGCCAGGGGCUCCUUCCUCUCAGGGACAUCUCACCCUCUGGCUCCUCUUUAAUAAAAGAAAAAAAAAAUCCACUUUUAACAUUCUUCUUUCCUAUAGGAUCCAUAAUAUUAAUGCCUGAGCAUUAAUUGGCACAAGUGACCCUAAAAGACAACCAUCUCUCAUUGCCAUUACCAGGCACUGAGCAGCCCAAGCCCUUCAGGCUGCACAUAGGCUCAUCCUUGUGUCAGCAUCCUGCUUCUUCAGGAUUUGUUUUGGGAGGACAGAAACUGGGAUGAGGCAAAGCAGCAAUCAUGCAGAGUCUCCAACUGCCAGCCCCCACAGUGUGCACUGCUUCAUCAUGCCAUGAAAUAAACCUCUCCAAAAUGGGAUGAACCCUUCCCGGCCCUGUUUAGUGGAAGCUGCUGAGCCACAUGUACAUCUGACCACUCAUGGGCACUUCUGGCCUUUACUUGCUGGGUUUUCCAGAGCUGUGGUUUCACAUUUGUCUGCCACUGCUUCCACUGUGGAGGGGAGCUCACGGGAGAUGGGGGACACAUGGCCCUGUCCCUCAGCUGGGGACAGCUGCCUAGAAGGUGCCUUUCCCUCUAAUCACUGGGGACAGUAGGGUCACCUCCUGACCAACUCCAGGACUUCAUCUGCUUGAGACCUCCCCCAGUUUAGGGGUGAGCUCUUGUGCUUACAGUCAGGGCUGUGCUAGGGCAGGGUCCUAUCGAUGGGACUUGUUCUGGGACACCAACCCAGGGCAGAAUCCAGCAAGUGCUGUGUACCUGUCGACAUGGCACAAAACAGCUCCUAGAGGGUUCUGUCCAGCUCCUGGGGACAGGGGCAGUGGUUGGGAUCCAGCAUAGCACCUCUUCCUUCCUGCUGCCCGCAGGAGGUGGUGCCAUGGUGGGCAGUGUGCAGCAAGGUCACCUCCAGUCAUACAGCAAAUUCCACAUCAGAUCAGCCUUGAGGAGCAUCCAGGAGCUAAUAAAUUGUCCAGUUUUGAAUGGUGGAUACAUAUCAAAGGGAAUUAAAACAGCUUUCUAAUCAGCUUACAA